AUGGAGCAACCAAGCAAUGUGGGUCCAAACACGCCCCUGAUUAUUUUGCGCUCCGAGGCACCGCUGCCCCAGUUUACGAUGCCGUUUCCGAUCCCACCAUCGGACUCGGAAAUCGCGUUGCUGCGGCUCUCGGUGCUUCGCAUUCUCAUGGGACAGAAGCAUGCGCCACCCGUGCAGACCAUGACGCACAGCGAGCAGCUCAAGCAGACCACGAUCGAGGGAUGGCGACUGAAAAUGAUUGAGCUACUCCAGGUUCAAGGCGGCACGCAGGGCGCGCAGCGCGACGAUGUCCUGCACGGCAUGACGCUCGAAGACGGCCACAAGUGCGACGCACUCGAGCACGGUGACGAGGUUGUUGUCAGGGUGCGCAAAGGAUUUUCGAUUCAGGAAUUGGAGCUGCCCGCUCUGCCCGCGGACCAUGACUACUCGCCCGGCAUGAACACUGGCGCUGCGAUUGUGUAUCACCAGCCCGCGUAUUCGAUUGCAAAGCCCGCCGAGCCUUCGUCGCACUCGUCGUCCGUGCAAGCAAACCCUUACGCGAAUUAUCAUGCUCAUUCGUACCCCAACUACCGCAAAGGGUACAAGGUGCAUGUAGCCCAGGGCGGCGGAAACCCCGCGCGCAAGAACUAUGUUGGUGUCGGGCCCACAGUUCAUGCUCCGGAUUCGAACGCGCCAUUGACCGUACAGACGCACCAACUUGCCGCACUCAUGAGCAUGGCUCGCGCACACAGUGCUGUGGGCGACGAGGCACGCGCCAAGCUUGCAGACAUGGGUGUUGUUUGGGAUCGGCCGGGAUGGGAUCGUCGGCAAUCGACGCCGUCGGUACAGUUGGGGUCCAAGGCUGGCGGUGCGGGCAAAUCGCGCUCCAAGCUCAGUGCAGGCAUUCCUCAAACCGCGCUUGUGAUUGGCCCCGGUUUGCAAGGUACGCUUGCCGAGGGAUCUGCUCGUACUGCGAGCGUUGCGCCGAUACAGUACGAAGCAAGUGCUGCGGAUGAUGUGUCGAAGCAUGCCAAGCCUUCGCGUAUGCGGAGGAUGCCGCUGACGGAGAAUCAAGCUGUGACGCAGCCCAAGUUGCAUGAAACAGUGCCUGUGAUGGCACCUGUGUCUGGGACGGCAGGUGCAGGCAUGUCUGGAGCAGCACCGCCGCUUGCGCCGCCGUUUUCCAUGCCUGCGAAUGGAUUCGCGCCGUAUUAUUCCAUGCCUGCGCAUGGAUCCGCGCCCAUGCCAGUGCCAGCGCCCAUGCCAGCGCCCAUGCCAGCGCCCAUGCCAGCGCCAGCACCAGCGCCCAUGCCAGCACCAGCGCCCAUGCCAGCAUCAGCGCCCAUGCCAGCGCUUGUCUACUCAUCGGCGCCAGCACCUGCGGCCUCUACUAUCCCCACACAGCCCGUGUGGCUUUCUGCUCCUGGUAGCGCGCACCCCAUGUUGCCUGCCAACCCCAGUACCGAGCCGACCCGCAACAAGAGCAAGCGCAAGCGCGAACGCUUUUCGCGCCUGAAAGCCAUGUUUGCUGCCUCCAAUGGCAAGACGCAUCCUCGCCUUGCAAAGCUGUUUGCACCCAUGUACGCAUCGCCUACUCAGGCACGCAUUACUGGGCGUGGCAAUCCCGAACUCUUGACUGCAGCCACGGAAGAAGACCAACUCGACGCCGUGCAGCCCGUCCAUCCGCCCUCUUUUGUUGCACCACCUCCUGUCACGAUGGAUUUCCCUCCGUCUGCGCUGGGUGUCAUGCCUGCUGGCUUCGCCGCCGAGCGAUACACCGAGCCAAGAGUGCCGAUCGAACCUCUGCAGCACACGCCAUGGAGGGGUGCGCCAGCGCCGCCAGUGCAAUCUAUUCUGGUGCAUCCAGCGUCGCCCGUCCAGCCAACGCAGUCGGCGCAUCAGCCGGGCGUCCUGCGCCGCCUAUCGCAGCGCAGCAAAAACUCGGACUCUACGCAGCAGCACGGCCACGCCUCCGAAGCCGCCAAGCUCCUGUUUACGCAGCCGCUGGGCGACGCUACCGACGUGAUUGAGGGUGUGUCUCAAGACGAGAUCGAGGCACAUCGCGCAGCCAAAGAAGAGCGCAUCGAGCACUUCAAGUCUCUUCUUCGCAACGGCAGCAAAGAGAACCUUUUCCAGCCGCAGAGCAUCACGCCAGUCGCCGAGCAGGGCGAGUUUGAGCCUUCCAAGCAGCAUGCAGCGCAGCACGCCGCGCCGAUGCGUGCACAUGACACACAAUCGUCUUACCUUGCGCCCAGCCGCUCGAUGCGUAAUGUGUCGCAGCUUCCUUCGUACACGCGCCGUGCCGAGGCCACCGCGCCGCAGCCCAUGGUCUCGAGGCUUAGCCGGCCGAGCAGCAUGUACGGCCCUGGGCCCUUGGCGCAGAACCGAAACAUGCCGCAGCAGGCAUACAGUCCACCUGCACUUGUCCUGGCACCGCCCAAUACACAAACCGCGAUGCUGUACUUGCAGAACACAGCCACGGCGCCUGCAGGGACACUGCAAAAGCCUGCUCAUUUGCCUGCAACUGCUCCCGCUGACAUUCGCGCAGCCACGCCUCAGGGAACUGUGCCUGGCUCGCCCAGCACGCUGCACUAUUCCGUGCGCACCGGCGCCGAGACUCCUGCGUUCUUCGAUACACAGAACUCGGCGAAUGUUUCGACCGAAGCACUGGUCUCCGACUUUCAGGAUGCGUCUGAAUUGCAGGCGGCUACGACGCACGUCGCGACGCCGGGCCAGGCCGCUUCAAACCCCUCGAGUUGGUCCAAGGCUGAUCUGCGCUACCUCGAAGUGCAAAAGCAGCUUGCGGCCGAGCGCGCCAAGCAGGACCGUGCAGAGCGCCAACGCAUCGAGUGGCUCAGCCAGCGUGCCGAGCAGAGCGAGGAGGCACUUGUACAAGCGCGCCUCGAGCAGAUGCGUUUGGAGCACCAGAACCAGGAGCAGGAACGUCUUGCUUUUGAGCGUCUCUCGGCGCAGCAGCGCUUUGCCAUGGAGCACGAGCGCUUGGCCCGGGAGCAGCAGCGGCUUGCCCAAGAGCAAGCGUACUUGGAGCAGCAGCGGCAUGCGUAUGAACGCAGCUGGACUACACAGUAA